AUGGGUAUCUAUGGGGACGAAGGUGUGGUUGAGGGAACUCGUGCUUACCUCAAAACAGGUGUGUCAGACGUUGUCUCCUGCUCUGACUUCGAUGACACCGACCCAUCAGCGCCGGCUGUGGCAUCGGAGAAGUCACGGUCCAGCCUGGGAAAGAAGUUUGUGGCGCAAUUCGAAGAUGAAGAGUCGCAAAUGGAUUUCUACGACCAAUAUGUGGUAUGCUUCCCCGACGUCUCGGUCGAACAGACCGUAUACGAGCUCAUCUUGCCUGUCGAACAAUUACGGGCGAUAUAUCGCCAUGGGCUGCGUGGGGCUCUUCGAGCAAGCAACGAGGAGGCGAGUUGCACAGCUAGACGUCGGGAUCUUCGCCACGUAUUUCCGAUCGACAAACCAAAAGUCUGUGUUUUGAGGUUCAAAAUACUUCGAACCAUUUAG